AUGAAGCCAGAGGGGAGAGAUGAAGUACCGAGAAGAACGGCGAAUACUAUCUCCAGGAAGCGGAAUGUUCCAAGUGCGAUGCUCUAUAUGCUUCAGAUGGACGAGCGAUCUGAUGAUCAUGACGCGCGGGGCAUCCCUUUGAACCACGAUGACUUCGACAACGAAGAUUGUCUUCCACUUGACCUUGAUGAGGCUGAGGAGGAAGAGCACUCGGCUAUUCUCGCACCUCAGAAUUCUUCUGAUCCUCGCUCAUACCACCCACACUUCUCUCGCCACCACGGCAGGCACUUCAAUCUACACUACCUUAGUUGUGAUUAA